GGUGCGGAGCGCGGCGCAAGGUGCGGGGCGGGCGCGGAGGGCGGCAGCGGCUCCGGUUUGCGCCGCGGCGCCGAGGGCGCGCUCCGGCGGGGCGGGCGCGGGGCGCGGGGCGCGGCGGGGCCGGGGGCGGCAGCGCUUGUCCCGCGGGCACCUCCCGGUCGCCGUGAGACAGCGGCGGCCCGGGUGGGGUACAUUGCAGCAAACUUCUUGAGGCCGCCGGGCGCUUGCUGUGGACGCUGAUAAAGGGAAGGCGUACAGGCUUUGGGGGUUCCCACCGCGGCAGGAGCCCGAGAACCGGUUCCGAGCAGAGGUUGGAAAGACUCGCUCUCUCUUGGUCGAUAAGCAGCCGCACAGCGCAGCCGAGCGCUGCGCGGGUAACCAGGCUCCUGGCUUCGUGAAACACAUCAGACUUCCCCCCCUCAUCCUCUUUGAACGCAUUACUCCCGCUUCCUUUCCUCCCUCCUCCUCUUUUCACCCCCACCCCCGACUAAAGGGGAGAUAUUUUGGUGAAUGCAAAGCGAUCCUAGACGCUGGUUACUACAGGGACUUCACCAAGCUGGCGCCAAGCGCUCUUAACCAUGUGCGUCAAAAAUGCAAUGUUAGAAGAGCUAAUCACUUUAGAGGUUCCGCUCCCAUCUGCGCGCAGCCAGCGCCGAGCCCCCGCGCUCCCCCGCUCCGCUCCCGGAGGAUUAUCCUGCUCUGUUUAAAGCAGGGUGGGGGGCGUCAGGAGAUUCUCCCCAGGGCAGGGUAGCGAUUCGGCACCUCCCAGCGCUGGGAUACCCUGCCCGACACGCGUGGGCGCUCCGUGCCCUGCAUGCCCACGACACGCACAGUCACAAGCCCCCUUUGCUGCCCUGCACUGUCGCACACCCAUACCCACCCACACCCCCCCCCCCAAAGGAACAGAUCUCCCCCGAAACUUCCCAGGAGGAUCCUGCCCGGCUCUUCCCUCUCCGUGGGGUCGGAUCAGACCCACGCGUGACGCUUCCCCGGGGGGUGGCAGGCUCCACGCGAGCCCGGGCUCACCCGGAGCUGGCCCCCCCGCCCGGCGCUGCCCCGGCCCGGGCGCAGGGAAAGCCGCACUUCCCGUCUCCUCCCCGCGCACCUCGUGGAAGAGGAGGGGUGUGGGAGCGUAACCCUGUCGGCGCCGGUGCCAGCCGAGUGGCCUUAAUCGGCAAAGCCAAAGAAAGAAAGAAAGAAGGAAUAAUAAAUACAUUAAAAUGCCAUUUUCCAGCGGCCUCCCGCUUCCCUGCGCGCACCCGCCUCCAUCGGCGGCCGCCGGGGCCGGGGCUGAGCCUCCAGCCGCCCACCACAACAAUGAUGAGGGCGGCCGCGGCCGCCGGAGCCGAGCUGCGAGCGGGGCCAGAGCCACCCCCGAGCCCCGCAGCUCAGCCCAGACCCGCGGGGGGAAGGAAAGCGCCCGGCUCCCGGCCCGGAGGUGCCGUUUACAGAAAGCAACUUCGCCGGGGAGCGGAGAGAGGGCGCGGGGGCAGCGGCGGCGGCCGGGGAGGGAGGGUGACACCAAGGCGGCGGCGGCGGCUGCGGGGAGCGGCGGGGAUGGGCGGGCGGCCUCCCGAGGCGGCUCCAGGCCGGGGGGGACACGGGGGGACCCCGCUACGGUACCGGCGGCGUUUGGGGAAAGGGGGGAAGGCAGCUCCGGAGCCCCCCACGGCCAGGCGUGGAGCCCCCCCGCUGCCGGCGCUCGGGAAGCUCCGGCCGGGGAGAGCGGGCGGGCAGCGCCCAGGCUGCCGGGGCCGGGGGGCGAGGCGGCCCCUGCACCCCCCUAGAGGCGGGCGCUGCCGGCCCCUUCCCUCCUCCCUGCCUGCUCCCUCCCCUCUGAUCAUGUUGACAUAUUCACACGGCCCCAAGUACUAGUGAUGCUUUGCUGCAGCGUUACAGUUUCCGACACCUUCUUUUUAUAACUCGGCGCUGUCCCCCUCCACCCGAGCUGUCAGAACCCCGCCUAUGGAGCCUCACAAUUGGUCCGAAAGCGUCAAAGAGCCAAUCAAGGCGGCUCCAGCUCCCCUGUAACCCACAACACAUCCCUACGAUCGGGUGCACGCAGAGCACAGACUCACAGGGAAUUCUCAGAGCCGAGAGGCUCCUUCUCCCUCUCUCUUCUCUCUCUUUCUCUUUUCCUCUCUUUCUCCCUCCCCCUUUUUUCUCUUCCUUUCUCUUUCCCUCUCACUUUCUCUCUCCUUUAUGGAGACAGCAGUAUAAUUCUGCCAGAUUUUUUUUUAAGGCACAGCGAAAGAGAAAGAGAGGGGGAAAAUAAAUUAAAAAAAAAAAAAAAGAGGAGGAGGGUGAAAGAAAGAAGAGAUCCUGAUGGAAAUCAGGACACCCUGACCAGCUCCUGCUUGGGGAGUGAGGAAGGCGAGGCGGAAACGAGAUUUCCCUACAAGUUUUUGCUGCUGAAGGUUGCUCAGGAGCCUUCCUCGGCCGGCGAGGGGGGAAACCACUCCGGGACUACUCCAGCAGUAGGAAGACCGAGGAGUGGAGUGGAUGAAUUUACCGAUGAGAGAUCCAGUAAUCCCUGGGACAAGCAUGGCUUAUCAUCCCUUUUUACCGCACCGGGCACCGGACUUUGCCAUGAGCGCCGUGCUGGGACAUCAGCCUCCCUUCUUCCCGGCUCUGGCUUUGCCUCCCAACGGGGCAGCCGCCCUCUCCCUUCCCGGGGCUCUGGCUAAACCCAUCAUGGAUCAGUUAGUGGGGGCUGCAGAGACUGGUAUUCCCUUCUCUUCCCUGGGUCACCAGGCAGCAGCCCAUCUGAGGCCUUUAAAAACUCUGGAGCCAGAAGAGGAGGUAGAAGAUGAUCCGAAAGUGCAUCUGGAAGCUAAAGAGCUUUGGGAGCAAUUCCAUAAAAGAGGCACGGAGAUGGUGAUUACCAAAUCGGGAAGGAGAAUGUUUCCUCCAUUUAAAGUGAGAUGCACUGGACUGGAUAAAAAGGCCAAGUACAUUUUAUUGAUGGAUAUUGUGGCGGCUGAUGAUUGUAGGUACAAAUUCCAUAAUUCCCGGUGGAUGGUAGCCGGCAAGGCUGACCCUGAAAUGCCAAAGAGAAUGUACAUCCACCCGGACAGCCCGGCCACCGGCGAACAAUGGAUGUCCAAAGUCGUCACCUUUCACAAGCUGAAGCUCACUAACAACAUCUCUGACAAGCACGGAUUUACCAUUUUAAACUCCAUGCACAAGUACCAGCCCCGGUUCCACAUCGUCCGAGCCAACGAUAUCCUCAAGCUCCCCUACAGCACGUUCAGGACCUACGUUUUCCCGGAGACUGAAUUCAUCGCAGUGACCGCAUACCAGAAUGAUAAGAUCACGCAAUUAAAAAUUGACAACAACCCCUUUGCCAAAGGUUUUCGGGACACCGGGAAUGGAAGGAGGGAAAAGAGGAAGCAGCUGACCCUGCAGUCCAUGCGGGUCUAUGACGAGAGGCAGAAGAAGGAGAAUCCCACCUCGGACGAGUCGUCCAAUGAGCAGACGGCCUUCAAGUGCUUUGCCCAGUCCUCCUGUCCUGCCGUGCCUGCCGUGGGCACCUCCAGCCUCAAAGAUCUCUGCCCCAGCGAGGGAGACAGCGAUGCAGACAGCAAAGACGAUCCCUUGCUAGAAGGAAACGAGUCGGGCAAAAUCAGCACGACCACCGCCGCCACCCCAGCGCCGGCCAGCUCCGCUGCCACCGCGGGGGACGACCCCCGGGACAAGGGCGGCAGCCCCUCCAAAAGCCACUUCUUCCCUGGGGACUCGGCAGGGAGUCGGAGCCGAGAGAGGACUGAGAAAGCCCCUCCGGACUCCCGGCACAGCCCGGCUACCAUCUCCUCCAGCACCCGGGGGGGAAGCCUGAGCGGCGAGGAACUGAAAAGCCCCCUCAGGGAUGGCCCCAAAGUAGAUGAGAACCGACUGCUGGGCAAAGAGCCCUUCACCCCCCUGACGGUCCAAACCGACAGCACGGCCCACCUGAGCCAGGGACACUUGCAGAACCUCGGCUUCCCCCCUGCCCUGGCCGGCCAGCAGUUCUUCAACCCGCUGGGGAACGGGCACCCGCUGCUGCUGCACCCCGGGCAGUUCGCCAUGGGGGGAGCCUUCUCGGGCAUGGCCGCGGGCAUGGGGCCCCUCCUCGCCACCGUCUCCGGGGCGUCCGCCGGGGUCUCGGGACUGGACAACACGGUCAUGGCCACGGCGGCGGCCCAGGGACUCUCGGGAGCAUCGGCGGCCGCGUUGCCUUUCCAUCUGCAGCAGCACGUCCUGGCCUCACAGGGCCUGGCCAUGUCUCCCUUCGGCAGCCUUUUCCCCUACCCCUACACCUACAUGGCGGCGGCGGCCGCCGCCUCCAGCGCCGCUUCCAGCUCGGUGCACCGGCACCCGUUCCUGAGCGCCGUGCGGCCGCGGCUCCGCUACAGCCCGUACCCGCUGCCCGUGCCCCUGGCGGACGGCAGCGGCCUCCUCAGCACGGCGCUGCCCGGCCUGGCCGCCGGCUCCGGCGAGGGCAAGGCGGGCGGGCUGGGCGGCAGCCCCGGCUCCGUGCCCCUGGACUCCGCCUCGGACCUCACCAGCCGCUCCUCCACGCUCUCGUCGGGCUCCGUGUCGCUGUCCCCCAAGCUGGGCGCGGACAAGGAGGCGGCCACCAGCGAACUGCAGAACAUCCAGCGCCUGGUCAGCGGGCUCGACCCCAAGCAGGACAGAUCGCGCAGCGGCUCCCCGUAACCCCCCGGCCUCCGGGAGCUCAUUUCAAAUCCGUCUCGCAGUGCACUUUGUUUGAACGAAACCACAUCCUCCACCCCGCGAGUGUUUGGUUUUUACCCCUUCUUUAUUUUAUUUUUUUUCCCCUCUUUCUGUAUAUUUUUUUUUAACAUAUAAAAUCCCGCGGUGUUGUGUGCGUGCUUAGCAAAAAAAAAAGGUGGAGCAGGGAAAAAAAGGGUCGGGGAUGGGGGAGCGCUGGGUCGGAGGCUCCUCACAGGGAUUGGAGGCACCGGUGGGGUUUGUGGCAUCCUCCUUUUAUUUUCUUUUUUACCAGUGUAAAAAAAAUAAAACCCAAAACCAAAACACACCGGGGGAAAAAAAAAAGAAAAAAAAGAAAGAAAAAAAUACCUAAAAUAAAAAAUAAAACAACAACAAAAAAAAAAUCAAACAAACUUAUGAAUAAAAAUUAAGUAAGAGAAGUGAUUUUUUUCUCUGCGAAAGAAAAGCGUGUAAGUAACUCACGUAUUGGUUCUUCAACAGUUGUUUCCUGGGCGGGUUGUUAACCACAACCCCCUUAGUCGAUAUUAAGGGAAGCUGUGUGUUUAAAAUAUUAUUGUGAUGUCUGAGAGCCAGUCGGUGGCUUUUUUUUGCAUGUUCCAGAGUAGUCUGCUUUUUUUUUUUUUUUUUGAGGGGGGGUGGUGGUAUUUUUUAUUUCAGUGGGGUUUUGUUGUUUAUUUUUAAUGCUCGUUUCAAAUCCCAGGGAAAAAUUAUUAUUAAUAAUAAUAAAAACAAAAAUAAGACCUUUGUCCCUCUACCUUAAACAUCCUCCCUUGUAGCAACAAAAAUAAGACGUGUAGUUGGAAAGAAAAAAAAGUGAAUUUAUUUUAUCUAAAAACCUCUGUAGCUCGACUGUAGAUUUAUCACAGCUUUCCCUCUUUAAUUGUAUAUGCAAUAACAAGGUUUAACAUACUGAGAAGAAGAAAAGAGUGGACACUAUUAUUAAAACAAAGUAUUUAUGUAAUUAUUUGAUAACUCUUGUAAAUACGUGGAAUAUGAAUACUCGAAAUUAAACUUUAAUUUAUUGACAUUGUA